AUGGAAUCAUUUGUAUAGCGUUUAUUAAUUUAUUCAAUGUUUAUAAACCCUGUUAACUCAAUGUUCUUCUGCUUACCAUAUUUUUAUUCUUUUCAGUUGCCUUAGCCCUUAGUUAAGGAGGAGGCUUCAGAUACUGAGAAAGAAUAAACCGUAGAAAAUAUUCAAGAACAAACGAAUGCAAGCGGAAUAGUGCGAGGAAAAGGAUAGUUAUGGUCUAAAGAGGAGGUGGACAACCUAGUAAAAUACUAUAAGUAGUAUCAUGGGGAUUGGAAAAAGGUCAUAAAACACUUGAAAGGAAGAAACAUUUCCCAGUGCUCAUAGAAGUUUCGAAAGCUUUAAGAUUAAGAUAAAAGAACAAAGAGUAAAUGGUCGAGUCUGGAGGAUAAAAUACUGUUGGAAGGUUACGAGUAGUUUGGAAGACAAUGGAUUAAGAUAGCUGAAAAACUUCCGGGAAGGACAUCCAAGCAAGUCAGAGAUAGAUAUGUAAAUCAAAUAAACCCAAUACUCAAUCAUAAGGAGUGGAGCGAAGGAGAGGACUAAAUAAUAAUGAAGGAAUUUUAGCAGAAUGGACCUCAUUGGGCUUAGAUAGCCAAGCAGCUGAACAACAGAUCUGAAAAUUAAGUCAAAAAUCGUUUCUAUUAUACUAUACACAAAAAGUAUAAUGGAGAGCUACAUCCAUAUUUGAAAAUUCAGAACUGAUUCUCCUAAUUUUCACUCUAUUUUAAUAUAAUACAUAUUU